AUGCUAGGCAGUGAUGUUCCUCUGUCUCCCUCUCAGUUAGAGGAGUGUGCACUGCAACUGGCUUCUAAUGGCAACUACCUAGAUCUGGAUUCAUCCCUUGCUGAACAGAGAGAUGAUCUGGAGCAGCUCUAUGACGAUGUGGAAAAAGGCAAAAAACCCAUCUUGAUUCUCCAUACGCAGCUCUCAGUACGGGUUCAUUCCAUCCUAGAGAAGUUGUAUAAUUCCCAUGGUCCUGAGCUUCGGCGGUCUUUGUUUUCUUUAAAGCAACUCUUUCAGGAUGAUAAGGACUUGGUUCCAGAAUUUGUCAUCUCUGAGGGUCUGACGUGUUUCAUUAAAGUGGGUGCUGAGGCAGAUCAUAACUACCAGAACUACAUCCUCAGAGCUCUCAGUCAGAUCAUGCUGUUUGUGGAUGGAAUGAACGGUGUUGUGAACCACAACGAGACUGUACAGUGGCUGUACACACUGACUGGCAGCCUGUCUCGGCUGGUUGUGAAGACAGCUCUGAAGUUGCUGAUAGUGUUUGUGGAAUACACUGAGUCCAACAGUCAACUGCUUAUUCAAGCUGUCACCAUUGUGGAUGGAAAGAGAGGAGUAAAGCCUUGGACGUAUCUAACAGAUAUCCUGUCAGAGAAGAAUGGAUCAGACACAGAGCUGCUCAUCUACACCAUGACCCUCAUCAACAAGACUCUGGCUGCGCUUCCUGAUCAGGACUCAUUUUAUGAUGUGACAGACUGUUUGGAGCAGCUAGGAAUGGAAAGCAUAGUCCAGAAACGUAUGACUAGCAGCGGCACCGAGGGUGACAUUAAACAGCAGUUCAUCAUUUAUGAGAAUGCCCUCAAGUAUGAAGAUGGUGAGAUCGAUGAAGGGGCACCGAAUGUCCGUAAAGACCGAAGGAAACUGACACCCAGCGAGCAGGAGGGCAGGAGGAGCCGGCGGUCAUCUUCUCACAGUCUUACAGAUAGUUCCUUUCGACCAGGUUCCCCAACUGUAUCAGUCUCUUCUAACAGCCCUACCCCAGAGGUGAUGCGUACAGCCUCCCCACAGCUGUCAGAUUCCUCUUAUUCUCCUGUUUCUGGCAGUCCUGUGUUGACCAGUCCCUCCUCUACGACCUUUAGCUCACCCACUUCUCCUCUCACUCCGGUGACUAAUGGAGCAGAGUCUGCAGCCCCUCCUGAGCAAGAACACAACUUGGGGCGCUCUUUUAUGAGUCAGUACAUAGCUCACAUGGGGAUUUCUAGACGGAGGUUAAAAAAGGAGAGGUCUAUAACAGAGGAAACCUCAAGCAUCUCCAGCAGAGCGUCUUUCACAGAAACGGACUCUCCUCAGGAGGUCCCUUCCCAGACGGCAGCAGAGCAACCCAGCCGGACGGAGGGAAAGCGAGUCUUCAAACAGCAUCAGGCAGACAGUGUUUGUCCAGAGAGUGUGAAUAGAGACUUGCCGGUUCUGAGGAAUUAUGAAGACAAUUUCUUGCGUAGUCUGGCUGCAUCCCAGUGGGAGAAGAAAAGUAAGUCAUACGGCGCACAUGAGAGACCUUCUCUAAGCGAGAGUGUGGCGUCUGCAGAUGUAGAGGCAUCUACUGAAGCCAAGCAGCCGGUCUCCAGCUCAACCACCACAGGAUCUAUUAGUGGUCCGGAGUCUCAAGGGGUAAACUUGACCAGGCACACCCUGGAGCAGCCAGAGCACACAACAGCAGCCCACAAUGAAGCAGAGGGUGGUUUGCAGCGUCGGGGCAGUGCAGCGGAACAGCACAGCACCCUCUCUAAUGACAGGAAGUUCAUGCUGGAUAUGCUCUACUCCAAAAACAACAACUCCUCUGGAGGCCUAAAAAGUCCUAGUCUGGAAAGUGCACUUGAGGACCAUGGGAUCACCAGUAUGGCCGGACGGCUCUCGAGACUGCAGUCUCACACUUCUCAGCCCACAGAGGACACAUCCAGGCGGGCGGAGCUGGAGAGCCUUGAAGGCACUGCUCAGGCCGCUCGUGCCAGGCUAGCGGAGGGACAGAACAAGAAGCUGCAUCCACAAUACAGUAUUGAAGCUGAGACUCAUUCACAGAGUUUAGAGAAGACAAUGAUGACACCAUUAUCCAGGGGUAGUCAGGAUGCCUGGGAGAAGCUGCAGCCCAGCUCCAGACCCCUGCGGAUUAAAGAUCUUGACUUCUCCGAUCUGAUGGAUGAGGAGGAUAUCGACGUGCUGGAUAUAGACACUUUUGACACCGGUUUGCCUAAUGGAGUACCCCCACCUCCUCCUCCAGUGCCAGGACUGGGCUCAGCUCCCCCACCGCCGCCACCCCCUCCUCCUCCUCCUGGACCUGCUAGUCUGGCUCCACCCCCUCCUCUUCCACCUCCUCCUGGAGGUUUGAGUGUGCCUCCUCCUCCUCCAGGACUCCUCCCUCUGUCCCCGUCUCAAGGAAAUGAUCCGGCUUUUCUAAAUAAACGGAAAACAGUCAAGCUGUUCUGGAAGGAGCUUAAGCAGCCCGAUAGCCCCAGGAAGUGCAAGUUUGGGCGGGGCACAGUUUGGGCUUCACUUGAUAAGGUUGCAGUCGAUACAGCUAAGCUGGAGCACCUGUUUGAGUCCAAAGGAAAGGAUCUUCCAGUAGCAAAGAAAGUUGCUGAGACCAAGAAAGCAGCAAUUUUAGUGCUUGAUCCUAAGAGGAGCAAUGCCAUCAACAUCGGCAUGACUGUUUUGCCUGCUAUACAUGUCAUCAAAAGUGCCAUCCUCACCUUUGAUGAGUUUGCCAUCAGUAAAGAGGGCAUUGAGAAAAUCCUGACCAUGACUCCAACAGAUGAAGAGAAACAGAAGAUUCAGGAGGCACAGCUGGCUAACCCUGAUAUACCGCUGGGUACAGCAGAGCAGUUUCUGCUCACUCUCUCCUCCAUCAGUGGCCUUACGGCCAGAUUACAGCUCUGGGCCUUUAAACUGAACUAUGAGACCCUGGAGAAGGAGAUUGCAGAGCCUCUUUUUGACCUGAAACUGGGUAUGGAACAACUUGCCAAGAACAAAACCUUCAAGCGUGUCCUAGCAACACUACUGGCCAUUGGAAACUUCCUUAAUAGCUCCAAUGCAAAGGGCUUUGAGCUCAGUUAUCUGGAGAAGGUUACUGAGGUGAAGGACACAGUACACAGGCAGUCUCUGCUUCAUCAUACCUGCAAUUUUGUGGUGGAAAACUACCCAGAUGCGACAGACCUUUACUCUGAGAUCUCAUCAAUCACACGCUCUGCUAAAGUGGAUUUUGAGCAGUUGUCUGAAAACCUUAUUCAGCUGGAGAGAAAAUGCAAAGCAUCUUGGGACAACCUUAAAGUAAUGGCCAAACACGAAACUAAACCUAACUUGAAAAACAAAAUGACAGAAUUUCUGAAGGACUGUACUGAAAGGAUCAUCAUCCUGAAAGUAGUGCACAGACGCAUUAUUAAUAGGUUUCAUUCUUUCUUGCUGUACUUGGGUCAGCCCUCCUACUCAGUGCGGGACACUAAAGUAACUCAAUUCUGUAAGAUCAUCAGUGAGUUUGCCCUGGAGUACCGCACCACCCAAGAGAGAGUCCUCACCCAGAAACGCAAACGUGCCGUCCACCGGGAGCGCACCAAGACCCGGGGCAAGCUGAUCACAGAGACCGAGAAGUUUUCUGGAGCAGUUCCACAGCUGUCUAUGGAGGACAACCCAUCCCUGGUUUCUUCAACAAUAGAAUCAGAGCCAGCCCAAGAGGAGCAUGAGAACAUGAAAAACCUGCUCAUCGCCAACAAUGACAACAGCAAGCUGCGCAGGAGCCGUGCUGUACGAAGUUUAGGCAGGGUUUGUACAAACAUGUCUGUAGCCAAAGAGGACAGCGCCAGCUCACAGGACGAUGCCACAGAUGAGAUCAUGGAUCGUCUGGUUAAGUCUGUCACCCAAAAUCCCACAGAGAGGGCGUCUAGUCCAAAAACACGGAAACGCUCACGGCUUAACAGAAAAUCAUUGCGGAGGACUCUGAAGAGUGGGCUUAGUGUGGAUGUGGUGCAGGCCCUUGGCCUCGGCAGUACUAACGGGAAGGUCUGAAGCUGGUAGUUCUCAUGUGGGGGAAACUGUAGCAGGCAGCAAUGAGGCCAUAAGGAGAGCUGCAUUAAUGACAGGAAGAUCUGUGAUGAAGGGAUCUUCGCUGACAUUUUGUGGGAUGCCUGCAACUAAAUCUAUCUGCCAAUCUGAACAAUUCAAUCAUGUACUUCCAUCUGAAAUACAAACAGCUGCAUUACUAUACAGAGACCUGAAGUGUGCGCAUGAUGUCCUUUAGACAUAUCAUGAUUUGAUUGGUACGAACUUUAAUGGCAUAGUAUUAAAUAACAGCCCAUGUUUACCGAUGGAGAAUAGCUGCAUAUAAUAUGAUCCAGUGACAUGAAAUGCUAUAUAGUUUGACCAGAUGCACAUAUUAUUUUGUAUAGAGCCUUAGAUUGCAUAGAUUGGAGCACAAUUUGUCAAACAGAUGUAUCUGAGGGUUUGAAAGGUUUUAAGUUAAUACUGAAUUUUUUAAAAGACAAAACUUUUAUAUUUUAGCCAUAUCUGUUAGAAUGGCUCAGCUCAAAGUUAGGAUCAUGGAAGCCCGUAAUUGAAGUGAAGUGAAGUGACAUGUGGCCAAGUAUGGUGACCCAUACUCGGAAUUAGUGCUCUGC